AUAUACUUGUAUACAUAUACGUAAAUAGAAUAUUAAUAAGUACCUAAGUACUGUCAAUGGUGGGGUAAGAUGGAUUUCUAUUUUCGUACUAGCGCAGGGUCCUACUUUAAUAGAGUACAUAGAUACGUACCCCCUUAGGUAAUGAAGCGAAUAAGCAUGAGCUAAUGUGUGGUAAGCAGUUUUCGAAAGUUCAAAUCUUGAAAAUCCCCAUUUCAUGAGAAAGAGAUGGCAAAUUUAAGCCUCCAGUCUGAUGCAAGUACUAAUCUUAGUCGGCCGAAAUUAGGUGGUCUUUCUAAAUAGUUUAGAACUAUUACCCCUGGAAAUUCUUAUAAGUCAGAUUCUUUGCAACCAUCACCAAAUGCUUUGUAAUUCAAAUUCCAGGCCAAUUUGCCUGCUUCGUUUCAUUCUAGAAAUAUGUUUGAAGUAGUAUAACUGCCCAAGUAUAAAAUAUUUCAUUUCGAUUAUGAUUUCAACUUCAAAUUCAACAUUAAUCCAUUGCACUUAACUUCAUCAACUAAGAAAUCAUACUGAAAUCAUACUGAAAUCGACACAUCUUGAAAAAUACAUACUAGAUUUGACAUUCCAGGAUUAUCAGUCCAUGAACACUUUUAAAAGCGCCACGACCAAAAUGCUCUCUCACGCCAAAAUCACACUUCAUCGUUCGGCCGCGCGCGGACACUCAGAUCAUGGAUGGCUCAACACUUACCACAGUUUUUCGUUCGCUGACUGGUAUGACCCGAGUUUUACACAUUUCGGUUCGUUGAGGGUCUUGAACGAAGAUCGGGUCAAGGCCAAUUCUGGGUUUCCAACACACCCUCAUCGCGAUUUUGAGAUAUUUAGUUAUAUCAUUUCCGGGGAGCUGACCCACCGAGAUAGCAUGCUUCGCAAGGGUGCUGAGGGUGAGCAGUCGGAUAAGUUUUAUCGGAUGCGCCGAGGGGGUGUCCAGUUCACCACCGGCGGUACGGGCAUUGCGCAUUCCGAGCAAAAUGAACACGCAAGGGAUACGGUUCAUUUUCUCCAGAUUUGGGCCAUCCCGUGGAAGCGUGGACUCACUCCGAGAUACCACACCCGUCACUUUGAUGAUGAGGAGAAACGCAAGGGUUUUGUGCCGAUUCUAAGCCCGCUUAAGGGCGGCCCAGACGCCACAUUUGAGCAGGAAAAAAUCGCUGAGCCGACAAUUGAAGGAUCUAUACCGAUACAUGCCGAUUUUGUCAUGGGAGCCGGUAUAAUCCCUCCGCAAGGAAAAUUCGAUUGGGCUGUUGGGGCUAAGGUGACAGAAAAUAGUAAAAGAAAGGUGUACGUUCAUCUUCCGAUGACGAAGCAGGGACAAGCCAAGAUUCGGAUAGAUGGCCGAGAUGAGGUAUUGAAUGAGGGUGACGGCGUAUUUGUGGAUAAUGUUAACAGCGGCGAUAAAUUAGCAGUGGAGAAUGUUGGUGAGGCCGAAGCGGAGGUUGUGGUUCUUGAUACAGCAUAGUCAACAUACGUCUCUUAUAUAA